UCUCUACUUUAAAGUGCUAUCAGGGUGAGUACUCACUGUCUAAUUGUACCUUGUUUUUAUUUUAUACCAAACAGGUACUCAAUAGCUCGAUAAAAUGCUACUAGCUUAGCGCACCAUAAACAUGUUUAUGACAUUGAAAUGUAUAUGAAGUACAGCGCGUUCUUCCUUGAAGUGCUCCUUAUCAAUCAGAUCAGUUUCCUAAGCCGCUUAGCGCUGACUUUUGCUUAUGUAAAUCUUUGGCCUUCAGUUCAGGACAAGUGCUUUAUACGGGUACAGGUAUUUACAUGCAGGAGCUUGUCACGCAUGUAGCGGUGUAGGAGGGCUUGAAUCCCACUAGUAAAUAAAUUACUUUUAAUUUAUUGUGGUUUUAUUACUAAAAAAAACUCAGACUGAGUAGUUUUACUUGAUUGUAGUUUUAUUUACCAAGUGUGGGCAAACUUUCUGAUUCGCGGCAACGGGGGUCAAAUAUAAACACAGCUCAUCCCCAGCAAGUUAAAGCCAUGUUGACUUCUCUGACCACCAAAAGAGUACCAUGAGCUACCCAGCAUACCUUGCGGAGGGACUAUAUGCGUGUAUUGUGUGUAGAUAUUUCCUUGUAUGAUAACAUGGUGCAGUAGGUAGGUUACCCAACAUAAUUGGUUUAAAAAAAAAGGAAUGUGGAAAUGUCCGAUGGGCCGGAUUAAGAAGAUUGGCAGGCCUGUUGUGGCACGCGGGCCGCAGUUUGCCCACCUUUUUUUUUUUUUUUUUUUUUUACCCCUUUAUUAUACGAUGGUUACUUGGCUUUAAUCUUGUAUGAUGGUUGUUUUUUAGGCUGGCAGCAGCUUGUCUAAAGUUGAACUAUCUGUCCCGUGCAGUGGCUAUUAUUUACCACUGCAGUGCCAUGUGUCCUGCAGCAGCAUGACCUGGUUGCCAGCGUCAGUCGGUGUUGCUGCAGUGGAUUAGCAUUUCUUUUUAAAGGCGCUCUGGAGUCCAGAGAGAGCGGAGUCCAGUGUUGACGCUGGUGAGAGCUCGGCGAAGAUGCAGCGUAUCUACAUGCACAGCAACGAGCACUUUGACGUGUUCACCACCGUCCUUGCUCCCCAAGGAAUCGAUACAGAGCAGAGGCUGAGAAGAUGGUGGUGGUGCACAGCUACAGUCCCCACUGGCCAGAUGAGCUGGAGCUGACUGCUGGUGACGUCAUUGUGGUCCUGUCCCAACACGAGGAGGGGAGGUGGUUCGGGCGCCUGCAGGACGGCCAGCAGGGCUACUUCCCCGCCUCCUGUGUCGUGGAGUUGGGCCAGGAUAAAAGCGUGAGGAGGAGCACGUCCCUGAGAACCUCGUCCACGGACCAAGACGGGGGCGUACGCCGCAACAGUGCGAGUGGACACAUUCUACAGGCGCUCAGGAGGGGGAGCCGAGGAGGUGGUGGUGCAGGGGAAGCGGGUCUGGAUGGCGGCCAGGAUGGCAGCGAGGCCCCCGUGCCCCCAUCGAGGAGGCCCUCCUACACCCAGCCGCUUCAACACGCCAGUCCCCAGAUGCAGCGCUCCUCCCCAGGCCUCCUGCACAGGAUCUUGUCCCGGUGCCGCAGGAAGAGCGAAUGCCAGGGGGCCACCAACGGGGCCUUUGAGGAAGACUAAGGACUAAGUGGGGGCAUGGGGGGGGGGCUUGUUGGGACGUCUUCACUAUCCAGGUAUUCUUCAACCCCCACCCCCCUGUUAGUCAUGUCAAAAAGUUUCACGGCAACAUUGUGUGACAUCACAAAGGGGGCGUGGCUUCACAACCAAAGCUUGUUUGUUUUCACUUCAAAGCCGUGAUUUAACCCUUAGUUACCCAAUCUAGUCAUUUAGAAUGCCUACUCAAAAUUAUAUUAUCAUAAUUAGGAAUGUCGAUCGGACCGAUAUCGGCAUAAAAAUUCAAUAUCAGAUUAUUUCCCGAUCAUCAAAACGGAUGCUGUAUACAACAAUAUUAUUUUUAUAAACUAUGUCACGGACCAAUCAAGGAGACCCUUGGUUUAGGGUGGCGAAUGUGGACUAAAAAUUAUAUGAAAAACAUAUAUAUAUAUUGUAAAAUAGUCCUAUGUAUACAUCAACAAUGCCAUUGUUUGUGUCACUAUCAAGUUUGUGUGACCGUGCACUGUAAAUAUGUGAAGGCGAGGCCUGUUUGUAUCAUUAAACAACCCACAAGUC